ACUGAAAUUCGAUUAUUUCAGCAAUGAGCUUUCAGGUUCGACUUUUACAGUCAAUAAUUUUGCAUACGCGAGUGCGCUUGUACGUAAACCGAUGGAAAAUGAGGCCUAAGUUAUAUUUUUAAUCUUUUACUAUACCUACAUUUUACGGAAGUGUUUUUCGAGAAUCGUAAAAAAGAAUCAACGAAAGAUGCAGAAUAUUCGCAAGAUGAUUACAAUCUCCUUGAGCAUCAUGGUUCUACUCUGCAACGUGCCUUUGUCGCAAGCCAUCGACUGUUUCAAAUGCGUUUCAAUGAACGGGAAAUUCCCGCCAUGCGACGAUCCCUUCCACAACAAUCAUUCGCUGCAAAUGCUGGAGGCGUCCUGUAUGGGGGGCAGGAAGGGAAGGGACGGCCUGUUCCCUGCAACUUCGUGCAUUAAAAUAGCCGGUGUCUUCGAUGACACAGGCGAAACCAUAACAGUGCGAGGUUGUGGUUUAGACUCUGGUACGGCCACUACUGACACUGAAAUCAUAAGGAUGUCUCAUUGCGGAAGAUUCUAUUACAAUAACAGAUACGUCCAUGGCUGUCUUCAGAGCUGCAACGACGCUGACGCCUGCAACUCGGCGAAGGAAUAUGGACCUUAUGUGACAGUCUUGUCGCUCAUUUACCUCGCGCUCAUAAUGUUCAUGAGCUAACAGACGUACGUUAAGGCAAAAAGUUUGUCGCUUAAGCCCAAUUUCAGAUGUAGCGCUACGUUUACAACGUUUUGCAUUUAUCGAAUCUGGAGCGCGAAUCGUUAAUUGGGGCGGCGGCCGUUUUGUCUAAUCACACAUACGUAUUACGUGUUCGAAAUCUCGUUAAUACAGACGUGAUGUUCUGUAGAGAUAUUCGCAAGUUUUAAAAAUAUUCUUUAUUGUACACACAGUUAAUAUUACAAUAAUUGCGUAAGAUAUAAAAAAUGGCGAGCUUAACUCAACAAUUGAGUUUUCUACCAGCUAACCGUUCUUAACGAAGGAAAGCUUUAAAUGAGUGGGUAGAAGAAUACAAUCUAAUCAAUUUACAAUCUAGACAAGAACUUAAUAAAAAAAAAAAAAACAAAAAACAAAAAACACUAAUACAUAAUAUAUUAGACUACAUAUAUAUACAUACACACAUAAAUAACGUAAACAUAUACAUACACGUACAUAUAUAAUGAAAUACAUAAAAUAAAUAUAUAUAAGUAAUACUAAAUAGAUAGAUAGUGCUUCUUUAAUGCCUUCCUGAAUACCUCAAGUGAGGGACUUGCACGGAUUGAGUGUGGAACUGAGUUCCACAGACGCACAGACUGCACAGUGAACGAACCGCCGUAGCGGCUGGAGGAGUGAGGGGGAAAAUUAAGGAGAAGGGAUCUACUUGUACGACAGGGUACACCUCGGGGCAUCUGGUAAUCGAAGCGCUCACGGAGGUACCGGGGAACAGCUGGGUUAUUAAGGAUGUUGAACAGCAUACAUAAAACAUGUACAUCACGGCGAAGUCGGAUAGGUAACCAAUUAAGUUGUGAUCUGUACUGCGAGACAUGAUCAUAUUUGCGUAAACCAAAAAUAAAGCGUAUGCAUAAAUUUUGUAACCUUUCCAGUUUGUCCCACAGCCCCUCCGCGGCGUCCAGGAAACAGACAUCUGCAUAGUCAAGGAGAGGAAGCAUAAGGGAUUGGGCCAGGGUGACUUUAGCUUCAAAGGGCAAGAAACGCUGAAGACGCUUGAGAGACUGAAACGUGCAAUGCACUUUCCUGCUAACUAAGUUUAUCUGACUGGACCAAGAGAGAUGACAAUCAAGAACGAUACCUAGGUUUUUUGCUGUUUUAGAAUAAGCGAUUGGAAUUCCAUCUAGCGUCACAGGGGGCAAAUUAAUGUGGUCAAUCGUGUUGUACCUAUAGGAACUACCAAUUACUAUGACCUGUGAUUUUGAUGGAUUCACAAGAAGUCCAAAAGAUUUAGCCCAAGCACUAAUUCUACCAAGAUCUCCAUUGAUUUCAGCAAUAGCUAGAGCAACGUCAUCAGCUUUAAAAUGUCUAUAAAUCUGCAAAUCGUCAGCGUAGAGAUGGUAGUGAGAAGUCAGCACCUGAGUAAUUUCAUUAAUGAAAAUAGAGAAAAGGAGAGGAGAUAGUACGCCACCUUGAGGUACACCCGCAGUUAAAUCACACCAUUUUGAAGUAGCAUCAUCAGAACGGACACACUGCGAGCGUCCCCGGAGAUAAGAUUCAAACCAGGUUAGAGCAAGUGGAGAUACAUUAAGAGAUCCAAGGAUACUUAGAAGGAUGUCAAGGUCUACUGAGUUAAAAGCACUGCUGAAGUCCAAUAAGGUCAACACGGUUAGCUGCCCCACAUCAAUCGCGUGGCGAAUGUCGUCAGUGACCUUGAGCAAUGCAGUGACCGUGCUGUGGCCUUGGCGGAAACCAGACUGAAAAGAGUUGAGGAGAUUGUUUUUAUUAAGGUAGAUAGUGAGCUGUCUUUGGACUAAACCCUCCAAGACUUUAGAGAGAAUGGGAAGUAUUGAGAUUGGACGAAACUGAGAAAAAGAGGAAGGAUUAGGGACCUUAGGAAGUGGGAGAACAUGAGCCUUUCUCCAGCUACUUGGGAAUGAGCCUUUUGAGAGAGAGAAGUUAAGAAUAUAUGUAAUGAUAGGGACAAGCUCAUCCACAAGCAGAAGGAUCAUCUGAAGGUGAAUCCCAUCCUCACCCACAGCCCUAGUGGAAAUAGAAAGGAUGGAUCUCUUAACGUCACACUCUGUAACCGGAGUGAAAGUAAAAGGAGUGCACAUGGGUAAAGGCCUUUUGGAAAGUUGUAAUAGUGUAGAUGACUUUGUACUGUCAUUAAGAAUAAUGAGAGCUUGAGAGAAAUGCUUAUUUAAAGCGUCGAGGUUAAUAGUAAAGGAAGUAUCGUUUAACUGUUUGCCAAUGCCUAGUGAAUUAAGGAAUUUCCAGAUUUGGCAUGUGUUCAGACCCUCUAAGGAGCUAUGAAUAUGGCGUCUUUUGGCAUCUCUACACAUCCGAUUGCAACGAUUACGAAGUUUCUUGUAAGUUGUAAGAUUGUCUUCCGUUGGGAGCUUUCUGUAUCUGCGUUUAGCCUUAUCUCUCCUGGCCAUCAUCUGCCUAAUUGAGUCGGAUAACCAAGGUGAGGGUAACUGUUUAACUCUGACACGUCUGAUGGGAGCAUGAUUAUCAUAAAGAAGCGAGAUAUUUUUAUUGAAAGAACAAACCAUGUCAUCGAUCGUGUCAGAGCCAAAGACAGUCGACCAGUCAACAUUCCUCGCGUCAGCCCGCAAUCGCUCCACGCCUAUACCCUUGAAGCUACGAAGGAAAAGGUAUUUGGGUUUGGGUUUAGGAGGACGAAUCUUGUAGGAGAGAUAAAUUAAAUCAUGAUAGGAAAAAGGAGCCGAUAGUUGUCCGUGUGUAGCAACCAUGUUGGAUUCAGAAACAAUAAUUAAAUCCAGAAGGGAGUGGUCUUGAUAUUGAGGUGCACAGUGUGUAGCUGCAAGAGGGAGGAUAUUUAAGUUGAGAGAAGUAACUACCGCACGAAGUUUAUCAGCACGGCUGUCAGAUUUCAGAAGGCAGGUGUUAAAAUCACCAAGAAUUAUUGUAUGAUCAUAAAGGGGGGAAAGAGAUUCAAGUUUAGAUUCGAAAGAGGAGAAAUAGUCAACAUGAGAAGAGGGGAUAUAAAGAACGCCUAGAAGAAGCUUAGUAUGGUGAAAGGAGAUUUCAAUAAAUAGGUUUUCUGCGGACUGCGUAUAUUCACCUGGGGACGCAUCAAUAACUUUAGAAGGAAUAUCAGAACGAAGAUAAAUCGCUACGCCACCUCCUCCUUUCCCUAUUCUGUCGUUGCGUAGUAAGCGAUACCCAGGUAGAGAGUACUGAGUAGAGGGAAGAGCAGGUUUAAGAAAGGAUUCAGAGAUGAGUACUGCAUGGACGACACUGGAAUCGAAAGAGGACAAGAGAUCGGGAUAGUGGGCUGGGACACUCUGUGCGUUUAUGUGAACGAUGUUGAGGAACUUAGGAAACGGCGAAAAUUUUGCUUGAAUCAAGUCUCGCAAAUGAGUUGAGUCAUCAUCCUCACUAAAUGCACUACCAUAGCUUAUGUCAGACGAGCUUGAGGAAGAGCAUGAGAAGAAGGCAUCAUUAAUAUCUAAAUUUGACAUACUAAGAUAAUAUAAUAUAAAUAUAUACUAAACAAAAAUACAGUAAAAUAAUAGAAAACACUAAAAAAAAUAAAUAAAGCUAACGUAAAACUAAAAUCUAAAGAUUUACAACUGUAACUUACUUCACAAACGCUCCUUUCGAGAUUAGCAAAUCACUUUAAUCUAAGUCAGAAAAUGUACAUACUAAAAACAAAACGCAAAUUCUAUUAUCAUUGUCACAAAUAUAUUAAGUAAAUGUAUAAUCUAUAUUGACAAUAUAAAACUUAAGAGUUGGCUGUAUGGCAUAGUUCCAUUGCCUUUCUCUUCGAGAAAAACCCUACUGCUGCUACUACUAAGUGCAUAAUCUAUGAUUAUCACUUAUCUAUCUGUCAGUUCUAUUACAAUUAUUUACAAUCAAAAUUUUUAUAUGUUGGUAAUUUUGAAAGUUGAUCGAAAUAAUGUUCAAAAACGCAUUACAACUACCUCGAAUAGAUAACUAAGUUUUUAGUGUUACAUCUAUGAAUAAGUUCAAGAUACCGCCAUACUACUUUCGACGAGUCGUCCUCUUGCCGAUUUCUCGCUCUGCCGCUGAUUUUGGUGCCGUCUUGGGUUCGUCAUGAGAUUUCCCAGAUGACUGAGGAGCUCCUUGCGCUUUUUGAGCCGAGGGAAACUUGGUUUUCAGAUGCUGAAGUUCAAACAUCUGUUCAAUCUUACAGCGUUUAUUAUCCGGGAGAAGGACGAUUAUUUUCCCAUCUGUUGUCCAGCAGCGCUUAACGCCGAAAUGAGAGCGGGCCUCCAAAAAGACAUCAUGACGUGAUUUGGUCAGAAAUUCUGAAAUGAUGACCCUAGAACCCUUCAGGAGUGUCUUGUUCUUCCACACUUCAUUGCAUCGCCUCAAACUCAGGAACCUGACUAAUAUAGGCCUAGGCUUAUUGGUGUUGGAGCCUAACCGAUAGCAAGCAGUUAAGUCCUCUUCUGUGCAACCAGCCACCUUCAUUUGGUUGGUUAAUAUACCCACAAUUGCUGUUGCUGGGUCUGUGGCAUCUGACUCCGGGAUUCCAUGAAACAGAAGGACCUUACGACGCGACGCCAUCUCAUGCCUGUCCAACCCCAAGAGAACAAGCUCCAUCUGUGACCUCAGCAUGUUGAGUGUUUGUAGUGUGAGAUUCCGGAAUGCGAUGAAAUCUUGUGACAACUUGCCUAGGUCCGUGUGUGGUGACUGGUGACUGCUCAGCAUUGCUUCAAACUCAGUCAUCCUCUGCACAACGCUUGAUUCCACCUCUUGUAACUUAGUGUACAGAUCCAUGAUGCGGCGCUAUUGAUGAUGUGGCAGUAGUGAUGAUGUGAAGUGAUAUUAAUAGAGAGAACUUGUUAUGAGCUGUUGUGAAGCAAGUUAUGGAACCCAAAUUAUAGCAUUUAGAUAUGAAUAGGUAAAAAUAUAUAUUUUUAACAAUUAAAAACACUGAGAGCUCAACAAACUAGUGUAUACACUUCAACUACCCACAGUAGAAAAAAAAUAUAUUUAAACGUAGCCUAAAACCAUCACGAAUUAGUUAUAAGAUUUCAAAACAUAAUAUUUAGCUUAAUGUACUGUUACGCGCUGGGAUUCGGGAUAAAUAAAAUUCUGCCGAAUUACAAGUCACCACUGUAUUCAACACUUAGAAUACUUAAAGUUCGCUUCUUCCGCUUCGCUUCAGGUGAUCCGUUCGCUGUUUCGCUUCGACUAGUUCCGAUUACUGACUGACUACGUGCCAUCUCUGCAACGCUUUUAUAGUCGAGACGUAAUUGCUAGAAUCGUCGAGAAUAUUCCACAAGAUUUUAGUAUUGUGUGCUUCCGCUAUCUGACAAUAGAUGGCGUUGUACUUCUCGAGCGUUUUAGAUAAUACUAGAUCCGAUAUCCGGAUAUCCGACGAUAGAUGGCGCUACUCUUACCGGCGUAACAGUACGUUAAUAAAAAUACAAAAUGAAUAAUAGUUAACAGAGGAGUGAAAGGUUAUAAUUUGGUUUAAGCGAACUUUUUGCAACUACACAGAAGAGUCAUUUAAAGUUUAAAACUUUGAAUAAAUAAACCGACAAAUAAAGCUUCUUCAGCUGUUUGAAUGGGGUAAACAUAAUUUGAGUUCAAUUAAAAACCACCGAAUUGUUGAUGCCAAUACUAAAUAAAACGGACUGGUGGUAGGACCUUUUGUGAGUCCGCGCGGGUAGGUACCACCGCCCUGCCUAUUUCUGCUGUGAAGCAAUAAUGCGUUACGGUUUGAAGAGUGGGGCAGCCGUUGUAACUAUACUGUGACCUUAGAACUUAUAUCUCAAGGUGGGUGGCGCAUUUACGUUGUAGAUGUCUCGUCCACCCAUCUAAGCUUUAAAAAAAUCAUACUUACAAAGAUAAUGAUCGCGUAUUAAACCAAAGCUUAAAUCAAAAGCUUAAACCAAAUAAGCCUUUCAUCCCUCGAUAUUAUUAAGUCACAAGUUUAAAUGCUAUCAUACAAACACUAUUUAUUUUGGUGUUUCCAAAAACUAUAAUUAAUCGUAUACAAUUAAUAUAUCAAUAUUAUUAUCAAUAUUAUUAUAUAUCAAUAUUAUUAAUAUAUUAAUAUGUAUUUAUGCUCUACAAUUUUAGACGGUACUCUACACAUUGUAUUAAUCUAUAGUAUAAGAUUUCCCGCCCAAAUACCGACCUGUCAUGGCGGACGUAGUGACGUAGAGAUUUAAUGCUUAAUGCCUUAUCGAUUAUCGAUUAAUCCGUGCACGAAUAUGAUCAUCUAAAGAAUCGAGCGAAACAAAACAUAUCGAUAUUAAAACAAUAAAGAAUGUUGUAGCUUACUUAUUUAUUAAUGUGAUGAAAUGCGAGAUCUGUAUGACAUUUGUGGGAAAAUGUUUUUAUGAAUAAUAAUACAAAAUGGUGCGCGUGCAACUUGGUGUACGUGAAAGAAGUGAAACUUCUUUUGCGGCGUGUAGUACGGUGGUUUUGUUCAUUUUUCAUCGUUAAAUCAAAUUUCUCUUGUAAUAGGGAAUGCUGUGUAUAAAAGAAACGACCUCUUCGCCAUUUAUAUAUAAUAUAUUUUAACUUAUAUAUAGCAUUUCUUUUUAAUCCUUCAUUAAAAAAUAAAAUAUAAGAUACUUAAUAUUAUGUUGCUGCCAUCUAGUAGCCGAAACCCGUAAACAGAAUGUUUAAAACAGAAACGACCUAGCUUGCUUUCUCCCUCUCUCCACGAUCGAAUAGUUCGCGAGAAGCUCUGUCUAUUUUCUCACUCUCGCUUUUCCUAAAUUAUAUUUUUUCUCUCUAGCCGUAACGAAUCUGUCGCAAGUUAAAUUUUACUCUAAGCGCGCGUAAAGAAGUUUCACUUAAAAAAUUAAUUAAUUAAUUAUUCGAUUUUAUAUCGAUUUGAUUUUAGAUAUUUUUACGUAGCAAUUUUAUAGGUAUUUAGUCUUUUACACGAUGCACUUGGCUUAUGUUGUAGGUACCCUCAUUAAUAUUCACGAUGUAUCACGUCUGCAUCUUAGUUAGAUUUUAUUAAACUAUCUCUUUCGGACGCCAUGCGCCAGCGUGGACUUAAAAUAUAUUAUGACGUCACUGUCAUAGAGUAUACACAGAUAGAGCUGCUCUCCCAUCGCACCAUAGUCAAUGUAAAUGCUACCCUAGCAUCUUACGGAAAGAUAAUUCGAAUAUUACAAAGGCCCUUGAAACUGCGAUACUUUAAGACAAAUAUUUUUUCUGUAUAACUAGCAAGGAAGCUAGCGACAUCUUGUAGCGGAUACCCUUAAACUUAUAUGUUGUUAAAGUUGAGGCAUUUAAUUAUUGUAUAACUAAACACAGAAAAUAAAAAAUUAAUAAA